UUGAAGGAGCGCAAGGAGGAGAAGAAGAAGAAGGAGGAGAAGAAGACGGAGGCGCUGCCGCCGCCGCCGCCGCCGCUGGACGUGCCGAUUCCCGCGCCCGUCACGCCGAUGGGAACGGGCGACGAGGUGAUGCUCCAGGGGUUCAACUGGGAGAGCUGCAAGCCUGGGAACUGGUUCAACAUGCUGUCGGGCGAGGCGCGCGCGAUAAAAGACGCCGGGUUCAGCUCCGUGUGGCUGCCGCCGCCCACGAAGUCGGUCUCCGACCAGGGGUACCUGCCGUCGGAUCUGUACGACUUGAACUCGUUUUACGGAUCGCAAGGCGACCUCCAGCGGUGCAUCGCCGAGUUGAAGAACCACGGGAUCUGCCCCGUGGCGGACAUCGUCAUCAACCACCGAUGCGCGGAGGCGAAAGACGACGCCGGGCGGUGGAAUAUCUUCACCGGGAGGAUGGCGUGGGACCAGCGCGCGGUGACGACGGACAACCCGGAGUUUGGCGGCCAAGGGCACGCGGGCACGGGGGAAAAUUACGGCCCCGCGCCCAACAUCGACCACACGCAAGACUGGGUCCGGAACGACCUGAAAGAGUGGCUGCGAUGGAUGCGAGACGAUAUCGGGUUCGGCGGGUGGCGUUUCGACUUCGUCAAGGGCUACGCCGGGAACUUCACCGGGGAGUACGUCGCCGACAGCGCGCCGCGCGUCAGCGUCGGCGAGCACUGGGUCGCGUGCAACUACAACGGCGGCGAUCUGGAGUACGACCAAAACUCGCACCGGCAGUCGACGUACGACUGGUGCGAUAGCACCGGCGGGAACACCGCGGCGUUCGACUUCACGACGAAGGGGAUAUUACAGGAGGCGGUUCGGAACAAGCAGUACUGGCGCAUGAUUGACCACGACGGGCACCCCACGGGGUUCCUCGGCAAGUGGCCGACGCACGCGGUUACGUUUUUGGAGAACCACGACACCGGAAGCACGCUUCAACACUGGCCGUUCCCGACGGAUAAGCUCCAGGAAGGGUACGCGUACAUUCUCACGCACCCGGGGACGCCGACGGUGUUUUACGACCACUGGAAGGACGGCGGGCUGCGCGACAUGAUCGAAGAGCUCAUCGCGACGCGAAGAGAAAACGAGAUUAAUUGCAACGCGGCGGUGCACAUCGAACGCGCGGAGGACGGGUGUUACGCGGCGCACAUCGGGAGCCCGCGGCAGCACGUCGAGCGCGGGCUGUGCGACGAGGUGGACAUGUCGCGCCGGUCCAUCUGCAUGAAGCUCGGGCCCGGGGACUGGUCGCCGAACCACACCAACGUCGGGAACACGAAGUGGAAGUUACGCGCCUCCGGGGACGGGUGGGCGGUGUGGGAGAACGAGCAGUUUUUGUGAGGCGCGCGCGCCGCGCCGCGCCGCCGAGAGGGGAACGAGGGACACCAGGGAUAAACUAAAUAUUUUUUUCCGUUCGUCAAAGAGACGCGAGCACAGUACAC